AUGCUGCUCCCAAUUUGGCUCUUGGUUUUCCUCUUCGCUGGAGGAAUUUAUACCACUCCAGUCGCUCCAAACUAUAUUGAUUGCCGAAAUGAGCAUCACAAAAUGCUGAGAUGCGCUAAGGAAGUGGGAUUCAAGCCAGACUGGUACGCUCCAAAUUUCGAACAAUACGUUCCAAAGUUGGAGGAUUGGCUGGUUUGUGUCGGAACUGUUGUGUGUCCAAUGAGUGUGAACAGAAUGGACGAAAUUCAGUUGAAAUACAAAGUAAAGUUACUGUUAUCAACACACGAUUUUAGUGACUGUUUCAGUCAGGAAAACUUUUCAAAGUUUGCUGCUUGUCCCGUAGCUCCAGAUUGUGAAAGCGAAUCGUUCCAAUUUUGCAUGGUCAGUGUGAUGGAGAGCCUCCCAACUUGCAGUCGCGCCAUUGUCGAAGCGUACAGCUCAACAAUACAAGAACGAAUUCGUAUUUGCAAGCUCAGAGAGGAAAGAGAACUUUGGCGAAAUAUUACACAAUUGAGAUCCUAA